AAAGCAAUCAUGCCUUUCGGAAACACCCACAACAACUUCAAGCUCAACUACAAGGUUGAGGAGGAGUUCCCCGACCUGAGCCAGCACAACAACCAUAUGGCCAAGGUCCUGACCAAGGAGCUGUAUGGCAAGAUUAGGGACAGGCAGACACCCAGUGGCUACACUGUGGAUGAUGUCAUCCAGACUGGUGUCGACAACCCUGGUCACCCCUUCAUCAUGACUGUUGGCUGCGUCGCUGGUGAUGAGGAGUCCUAUGAGGUCUUCAAGGAGCUUCUGGACCCCAUCAUCUCAGACCGUCAUAAUGGAUACAAGCCUACUGACAAGCACAAGACCGACUUGAACUUCGAGAACCUGAAGGGUGGUGACGACCUGGACCCCGCCUAUGUUCUGUCCAGCCGUGUUCGUACUGGCCGUAGCGUCAGGGGAUUCACCCUGCCCCCCCACAACAGUCGUGGCGAGCGCAGAGCUAUUGAGAAUCUGUCCGUUGAGGCUCUGGCCAGCCUGGAUGGUGAGUUCAAGGGAAAGUACUACCCCCUGAAGUCUAUGACUGAUGCCGAGCAGGAGCAGCUGAUCUCUGAUCACUUCCUGUUUGACAAGCCUGUCUCUCCCCUGCUGACCUGCGCUGGAAUGGCCCGUGACUGGCCUGAUGGCAGAGGCAUCUGGCACAACGAGAACAAGUCCUUCCUGGUCUGGGUCAAUGAGGAGGAUCACCUGCGUGUCAUCUCCAUGGAGCAGGGUGGCAACAUGAGGGAGGUCUUCAAGCGUUUCUGCGUUGGCCUGAAAUCGAUUGAGGAUAUCUUCAAGAAGCGCGGCCAUUGCUUCAUGUGGAACGAGCAUCUCGGGUACGUCCUGACCUGCCCCUCCAACCUCGGCACUGGACUGCGUGGUGGUGUCCAUGUCAAGCUGCCCAAGCUGAGCACACACGCCAAGUUUGACGAGAUCCUCACCAGGCUGCGUCUGCAGAAGCGUGGCACAGGUGGUGUGGACACAGCCUCUGUGGGUGGUGUGUUCGACAUCUCCAACGCUGACCGUCUGGGCUCCUCUGAGGUGGACCAGGUCCAGCUGGUGGUUGAUGGUGUCAAACUGAUGGUUGAGAUGGAGAAGAAGCUGGAGAAGGGAGAGGCAGUCGACAGCAUGAUCCCUGCCCAGAAGUAG